GCGAGCUACAGCUGCUCGGAGCUGUCCGGCUUGUCCGUAGGCGGGCGGCAGUUCGCGGAAGCGUGCAGCAGCAUGCAAUAUUUGCGUUGGGACGAACCUCUGCAGGAGGGGUUUGGUGGAGAUGGGAACAAGACGAAUAUUUACACAGCGAAAUUGCCCGAUAUCCAGCCGAGCAGCUACGUGGUUUACCAUGCCGGCUGUUCGGACCCCAGCAUCCCAGGAAACGAGAAAAAGCACAUGACCCCUGUCGAGCUAGAGCUGACACCGGAAAAAAUUCGUCAGAAAAUCGAGGACCCGAGCUUUUAUAGGGAGGGCCUGGCGGUCGGGCGGCAGAUUACGAAAAUUCACGUGCAGUUUUCCACUCACAGCUGGAUGGAGAGCGUCAUGGCUGAGGCGAGCCGGCUGAAGCCCGCCGGCGCGGAACCUGCCUCUGUCGGCGGGCCGCUGAUGGGGGUGGCGGCGGACCUGGCCCCGCGGUGGAUGUUUGCCGUGUGGUUCUCGAC